GUAACGACUUGUACAAAAUGCACAAAUAAUUUACAUUUGAUUUUUAAUAUAUGUUUAAAAGUUUAAAGGGAAUUUAAUUAUAGAGCUCCAUGCAAAUAUCAAAUUUAAAUAGCGUUACCAGUUAUGCAUUCAAUUCUUUUGUUAAAUUUGAUAUGCAGUUUGAAUAUAUUGAUCUGAUUGUACACUACCAAAAAAUAAAUUCUUUUUAAAAUAUGUAGUUUAUUAUAUAAGUUGUUGCUAGCAUGUUUAUCAAAUGAUUUGUUUAAUGUUUUAUUUCAAAACAAGGAGUGGAGAGCUUCAAAAACAGAUAAUAUACAAAACCUAUCAAGAAAAUAUACUUAUAAACGAAAACAAUGGAGGAGGAAAUAUUGACAUGCUCGAUAUGCAUUGAAAUUUUCGAAAACCCAAAAAUGUUUCCGUGCCAACACAGUUUCUGCAAAGAUUGUCUUCUUUCUAUAAUUGAAAAUAAAAACAAAGUCAGUUGUCCUCUCUGUCGAAAGGAAAUUUUGAUAGAUAAUGGAAAGACUACUGAAGAUUUAUUCCCAACAAAUUAUUUGCUGAGCACUUUGUUAGAGUUACACAUGAGAAAGACGGACAGCCGAGUUGUCGUAACUAAACAGACGACGAACAAGGAAACACAGACAAUUGUCAAACAACAACAAAGGAAAAGAACUCGGACAAUUGGAACAGAAAUGAAGCGUGGUAAGAAGGCAAACAUAUCAACACAAACAAGAUGUAAAGAAACACGUGUACACGACGCUAAUAUUCAAACGUAUGAAUCACGAUUACAUGAGACUUUUAACGAAGAAAUGCAAACAGAAGAAGCAGCAACGAAUAAUGACGCGUCUGAUAACGUGGAAAUACAGACUAUAGAAGCAACAACCACUUGUGAAGAAGGAAAUAUAAACAAUAAUACUAAUAUUAAAACUGCCAGAAGACUUAUACAAUACAAAAAUAGUUUUGAUUUUACAUUAAUCAUAAAUUUUGUUGUUGUUGUGAUUGUUAAAUUACAAGCAGUGGGUUACAAAGUGCUAAAUUAUCCUUUAAAACUGACGGCUGCUAUCGUCUCCUUCUGUGCUAACAUCUGCCGCCUAGCCCGCCAAUCAUUUCAUUUUAUAUCAAAUCAAAUCAUCUGCAUGGCUAAAAGAAUUUCGUUCAUCUAUGAGCUAUUUUCAAAAGCACAUCCACUAACAUUGAUAAAAGAAAGUAUUGUAUCUUUCUAUCAUAUUAUGGUAUAUUUUCUUUCAAACAUGGUGUUUCUUUGCAUGAUAUUGAUAACGUUUCCCAUAUUCUUUUUCCCAAUUUGUUUCGCGGAGAAAAUGCAAUUUCGUCCGGAAAUAAAGGUUAAGCGUGGGAAAAUGAAAAUAAUUCGAAGCAGGCAUAAGAUUCGUUAGCAAAGCUCGUUUUCUCCGAUCAAAAGCAAAAUAUUCGCACUUUGUGCUCUAUUUAAAUGCUUGGUAAUUGAUAAGCACUGCAAUGAAAUAGUAUAAGAACAUCAAAUAUAUGAAGUAUUGAACUACAAAUGUAUUGAAUAGUUCAUGUAAAACAUAGAUAUGGUAAAAUAUUGAUUCAGUGUCAGUUAGCAGGUAUAAUAUCGAUUAAUCGGGAGAUCACAGGUAUAAUAUUGAUAAAGUUCGAAUUCACAGUUAUAAUAUUGAUUCAGCGGGAGUUCACAAUUAAAGCUAGGUAUAAUAUUGAUUCAGCUGGAGUUCACAGAUACAAGAUUCGAUGGGAACUCACAGGCAUAAUGCUUAUUUAAUGUGACUUCGCAGGUAUAAUAUUGAUUAGGUGGAAGUUCGCAAUGAAAGCCAAUUAUACGAUAAUAAGUUUCGUUAAAGAAAACCUGUUGUAUUUCGUAUUUGGUAGUUCCCAGGUUUAAUAUUGAUUUAGUUGGAGUUCGAAGUUAUAAUGUUAAUUAAGUUGGAGUUCGCAAUUCAGUGUAAAUGUGCAGGAAAUAUUGACCUGAGCAUCACACGUGACAAAGACUCGCAGCAUAAUAAACUUCAGAACUUUUGGAAAUAAACACAUGAAAAUAAUAUGUCAUCUUAUGACGCAAAGGACUGUUUUUAAUCACAUACUAUAAUUGAUAUACAUGAGGAAAUAAACCGGGGCGGAGGAUCAUGAGAAUGUUUCAAACAAACAAUAUGGAAACUAAACGACACAGAUAGUUAACAGUCAUAUCUGAUAACCCUAUAACCCCACACAUGAUGAAUAAAUAGACAGAUCAGCUCUUAUCAUUGUAAGUCACACUGAAAACAUUGUUAAGGUGCUAACAGUCAGAAAAAAUGUCUGGUGAUAGUGAAUAUUCUGGUUCUACAGAAAUUAAGUAGAUGAAAUUGACUAGAAAUACGUUUCCUUAAAUAAAACCUGUUAGUUUGUAUUAACAAGAUCACAUUUCUUUGUUAAGGAAAGUAAAAGUCAAGGAACAGUAUAUCUCUACAAAAUCUUGUUUUUUUCGUUUCGUCAAGAUUUCUUAUGAGAAGAUACAAAUUGGUCAAAACUUUACUUUUUAUAAUAAUAAAAAUUGUCGGUUAUUAUAAAACAUUUCUUGAUAUAUAUAUAUUUGGUGACCGUUGUCUCAAAAGUGCUAAUUAAACACCAUUGAAAUUGUUGUUAUUGUUGUUU